AUAUAUUCACCGACGCAGUCACCUGCGCAGGAAAGUGUGCGAGUGUCGAUGCGGACUGUUUGAUCCGGGCCCUGAGACCCUUGCCUACGACUGUAGGUGUGAAAGUGCGCCGGAAAUACGACGCAGGAGGUGCAGGAGAUGGUGAACAUGGAGGGAUCCGGCGAGCACACGGUGACCGUGUCGCUGCCGCCCCCUAGGGCCACCCUCAAGUCGAACUUCAGCAUCCGCAGCAUCCUCCCGGAGGCUUGUGCCGUGACGCCGGCGCCGCAAAGCCUCACGCCGACGAGCCAGUCCUCGAGUCCGGUGCCGGAUGCGACCGCCGACGACACGGACGAGGGUAGUGACCUGGACGUGACUGGAUACGACGGUGCCGAUACGCCGCCGUUGGACUGUUCGAGGGGUAGCUCGGGAGGAAGUUCGGGUGGCGGUCCCGGGGGCAGCCCGGGAUCGAGGAAGGAUCAGGACGCGCGGGACGCGGAAGACAAGAAGAAGUCGGAGAAGCCGCCGUACAGCUACAACGCCCUGAUCAUGAUGGCGAUACGACAGAGUCCGGAGAAGCGGCUCACCCUUAACGGCAUAUACGAGUACAUAAUGCGCCACUUUCCCUACUACCGCGACAACAAGCAGGGCUGGCAGAACUCGAUAAGGCACAACCUCUCCUUGAACAAGUGUUUCGUCAAGGUGCCGCGACACUACGACGACCCCGGCAAGGGCAACUACUGGAUGCUCGACCCGAGCAGCGAAGACGUCUUCAUCGGCGGGACGACCGGCAAGCUCAGACGGCGAACGACCGCCGCCUCCCGUUCCAGGCUCGCCGCCUUCAAGCGCAGCGUCGUCCUCGGCGGCCUCAACGGCCUCACCGGACUCAACGGCCUUUAUCCUGCCCUCAACCACUCGCCCUACGUCGCCCCCGCCUGGCCGCCGUCCCUUUACGCCUUGCCCUACCUCCACCGCGCCGGGCCCUAUUCCGUGCCAUCUGGCUACCCUGCGAGUCUUUUGCCGGGGGCAGCCGCCUCCGCGAAUCUACCCUGCAAGCCGCAGCCUCUUCCAGCGGCCGCCGCGUCUCCGGCUCACGGAGCCUUCUCGAUGGAACGGCUCCUCCAGGCCCCGACCUCGGCUUACCACCCCGCGAGUCUGCCGCCGGCGAGCGUCGCGACCUCCGCAGCCGCCGCCGCCGGGGCUUACAACGACUUUUACUCGACGUUGAGGAGCCUCGCCGCUCAUCAACAGCACCAGCAGCAACAGGCCGUUCUACAGCAGCAGCAGCAGCAACAGCAGCAGCAGCAACGCCGGUUCCAGCAGCAGCGGCAUCACCUUCCUCAGCCACCCUCGGCCCCCCUUAGCCAAACGCCGUCCACCACCGCGUCCCCCGGCAGCAGCCCCGAACCUCAUUCCCCGCACUCGCCACCCUUGUUGCACCAACGCUAGCAAGCACUGCGCGCUGGCCACCCUUACGAUCCUUCGAAGCUACCCGCUUAAACCGACAACAAAUCUGAUGGCGAGGCACUGCUGAAUCUGGCAA